CAUAUGGACCCCUCAAGCAAGAGAGCACAAGCUUAAAACCUCCUACUUUCUUGAAUAAAGUAGAUCUAGUUGCUGCUUCAUAAUGAAUUUUAAUUCAUACAUUGAGCAUUUCUUCAAUCAUGCUAAAUCUUUGAUAGAAAGAUUAUUACCAAAAAACGAAAAGGAAUUAGAAUGGUGGAUUAAAUUUCGCAGCCCCCAAGAGAUAUUGAAGAAACAUAGAGAUUACUUGUUUUGUGAGAUUCUCUUCUACAUCGUUGGAUUUCUAACAUUUGUACAUGCAAUGCGAAAUGGUGGACGUUAUCGUUGGCUUUGGUUAGCAACCAUUCUGCAUGGCCUUGUUGUAGAAAGUGUGAGCUAUUUUGUGCCGGAUAUUGACAAUUUUUGGCAUGCUCAAUCCAUGGUAAUGUUACUUGGACAACGUCUUCCACUGCACAUAGUUUUUUUAUAUCCAGUAUUUAUUUACAUCGCUGUUGUGGCUGUAUCCCAUCUCAACCUUCGUUGGUGGGCAGAACCAUUUGCAGUUGGUAUCACAGUCGUUCUUCUAGACAUUCCCUUUGAUAUUAUGGGUAUCAAACUGCUUUUUUGGACAUGGCAUGAUGAUGAUCCAAAUAUUUAUGAUCGCCAUUACUAUGUUCCAUGGACCUCAUAUUAUUUCCAUUCCUCCUUUGCUGCAUCAUUCACUGCACUAUUUUUUGGAUUGAGACAGCUGUUAUGUCAAGGCAGAUUAAAGUUUCAAAGCUCUGGUUUUUUUGGUGAGAUUUCCAUCGCUGUAUUUACUGGUUUGCUCUCCAUGCCUCUUGGAAUACUCCAGUUUAUUCCAUUAUAUCAUCCUCUACAUGAUUCUUUAGGCAUUCACACAGAAGUAUGUGUGCUUCUCUUUUUGGGGCUGUAUAUUUUAAUUGUAUGGAGUGCUGAUAGAUUACCUCUAGAACAAGCAAGACUACCAGGUUUUCGCCUUUUUAAGCUGAAUAUCCUCACUACCUCAGUGGUUGUUUACUAUGGGUUUUUUAUAUACCUGGUACUGAAUGCAGUGCCUCAAAAGAUAGUUUCAGUAGGCUACCAUCAACCUAUUGGUCCAUGUAAUGUUUCAGUGCAAGUUCAAACACCAUUUGGACAGACGCUGAAAAAGAACAAGUAUUUGUGUGUUGACAAAUAUUCAGAAGAAUAUUUCGACUUCAGGUGUUACAAAGGGAAACUCCCAACACGAGCUGAGUGGUAUACCAUAUGUGGAAAUGACUAUACAAAUCAUGCAGAAUACAUUACAAUAGUAACUACCUUCUGUGCUAUUGGGUUGUUCUGGUUUUGGCAGCUGCUGUGUAGAUCAGGCAAUCUGCCAAGAGUUUUGAAGUUAACAAAGCAAUCGCGAGAUAAGCAACAUAUGGAUUGAAACUGGGACAAUUUUUAUAUAUCAUUCCCUAAUACAUCAGGCUAUUUUACCACCCAGCCACUUUCCAGUUACUUUGUACAGUGCCAUGACAUAUCUAAAAAAAUUUAAAAAACGCAGAGCUUUAUGACAAAUUAUACAUUACAGGGUUGCUACCUUGAUGCUUUUAUUGAUUUAUGCAAACUAUUAAGUUAAUGAAGAUUUUAUAAAAUCAUAUACUGUACAAGCACUGAGAGCUAUAGAUUAAUUAAUAAACAUGUUAUCUUCUAGAGUUAAAACAUUUUCCAGCUGUCUUGAAAAAUUUAGCAAUUAUUGUUUUUAUUAUUUAUUUUGUAUUUUAUGUAACAAAGAAUUACUUUGUUCUAAAAAGGUAUAAAGAAAAAAUAUUUUAUUUCAAGUGUAAAUGUAUUUAGUCUUAUAUUUUAAAUUCUUCAAAUGACUUUUACAAUUUUUAAACAUGUUAGAAAUAUAACUGUAGAUUGUUUAGGGUAACAAAAAUCAUAUUGCUUGAAUUAUUUAAAAUAUAAUGGAUUAAUUUAUUGUUUCUGCAUACUCUAUUAAAAUUAGAUAUUUUAGCCCAUUGACUCAUUGAUAAGCUAAGACUACUGAUCCAUUGAAAUUUACAGAAAUUUAUUUCUGGAAAUAUUUUAAUACUUUGUCGUAGUUUCCUAUUUACAAUGAAGUUUUAAAUAUAGUUUUGAUAUAAACUUACCUAUUUACUUCUGUAACCUUUCUCUAUAAUAAUUCUGAAAUUACUAUAUUCUUGCUUGAUUUGAAUAUUUGUUUGGUAAUUAGAUGUAUUCAAAUUAAUGU